AUGCUCAGCCUACUGAUAAUGGGAAGCAACUGCUUUAGUUGUCGGCUAGUACUAAUCUGUUCUUGGCCAGCACGAACUUCCAACAGAACGGCUCACAUCAAGUUACCCGGAGGCCGCCAACCGCAAGACAGUCAUGGACUCAGUCGGACCAGGUGGCUAUCAGUUACCAACGGAGCGUCUCAAGGUAGUACCAAACUGACCUGGCAGCGAAGCUACUGGAUAUGUACAGUCAUGCUGAUGGCAAAGCGAGUUAAAGAAAUUACACCAUCGGCUCCUGGAAGGGUCUAUCCGAGUCAUCCAGUUGGACUAAUUGAACAGUGGAUAUCAUCGAGAUCAGAAGGUCUUAUUGAUACCAUGCUAGGAAGAAGCGACCACGACCUCGCCAGCAGAUCCCUCAAACGCCAGAUUAUCAACAGUCUGAUUGAAGACAGAGAACCUUGGUUGGUUCUGAAGACCCAAGGGGGAGAAGGCAUUCGCUUCAGGCAUCUCCAGCGCCUCCUUUUCGUGCAUGGGCAGUGGUGCUAUCACCGGAUUAGUUACACGAUGCUCCUAUACUACUUCAAAUGUGUCGCGUGGGUGACGCUCAACAUAAUAUUCACUUUCUACUCUGGAUUCUCGGCAAAUAGUUGGCAUUCGAGUCUGAUAUUCACACUGUUUACUUUGACCUUGACAUCCGUGCCCAAUUUGACCUUUGGGAUGUUUGAAAGGCACAUGACCGAUGAACAACUGAUGGAAAAUGCGAAACUGUAUCGAUCGAUUUCCAGAAACGCAAACCUCCGCCUGUCCCAUCUUAUUCUAUUCGUCUUGGAUGGAGUAUGGCAUGGUUUGGUGGUAUUCUACAGUGUCUACCUGUUUCUUGCUGGUGGUGGUCAAUUCGCCGAGGCUGUUUACUUCGAUUCAACUCCCCAUGGCAACCACUUUGACAUCGGUCUAUGCGGCGGUAGUUCUAUGGUUUACAUCAUUGUGAGCGUCAAUCUCCGAGUGCUCUUCAUGUCACGGGAUAUCAACUGGCCUGUGGUAGGAGGAUAUAUCUUCACCCUGUUGCUCAACCUGUUGCUUAUCAUGGUUGUGCAGUUCGUAGUGCCCCCGUCGAGUCUGGACUUUCUGACUUACAUCAAAAUAAUGCAGUCUCCAGCGUUUUGGUUCGCCCUCCCCAUUUCUGUGAUUGUGGCUAACCUCCCAGCAAUGCUUUGGCGCGUAUCCUCGGACUUCUGGUUGCAGACGCAGACCAACAGCGAGACGGACGGCGUCGAGUCACAACAGGAAUCCCAGCGGACACAAAUGCAGAGAAUGAGUUUGCGCCAAUGGUUAGGGAUUAAUCGACGGAGUCAGACUAGCCAACCUCGCUCGCUAAGGAAUUCCGUCAAUAAUCUCCCCAUCUUCGUGAAGCUGAAGAGGGCAGUUAUAGACGGUGCUUCACUUGACGAUUCACUCCGGGGGCCACUGGUAGAUUGGUUGGUUAGGCAUCUGGUGGAUAUUAGUCCCACAGCUCAGUUUGGUCCUACUAAGGUCAAAGACAAGCGUUUUCACUGGCUUAUGUUCAACUACACAUUCAAUUGGUUGUUUAGGCGAAAUGUCAAAGAAUACAAAUCGGUGCGAAUUAUCUUUCGGUCGGGAUUUCAUCCUGCAAAUGAAGUCAUUGUGUGCUGGAAAGUGGAGGAACCCUGUGCGGCUGUUCUGUCCUUACUGGGAAGCGCCACCACUGCCCGUGAACACUUGGCCUUCUAUUUGACUAACUGCCAGAACUAG